UGCAGGAUCAGGAGCCAGUGGUUGGGCUCUCUCUGGACAGACAGGCAGCACUUGACUUAUCAUUGGGUCUAUUUCAGAGACUUUCUUCGAUAAGUAGCACGAAGGAACUAGAGUCUGUUCUGAUUCAGAGUUUUUCUGAUAUUUGUAUCAUCCAGCAACAUCAUGGCCGACUCUGAUUUCCCUUUACCACCUGAGGCCUACUGUCCACUGUGUGUGAAUGUGAUGACAGACCCAGUCACCAUCCCCUGUGGUGACACCUAUUGCCUGGAGUGCAUCAAAAUCUACUGGGACCAGUUCGACCACAUGGGUGUAUACAGCUGCCUGCAGUGCCGUGCAACCUUCACACCGCGGCCCGUGCUGAGACGUAACCUCCCGGACGUCAGUAACGAGCCCCGGCGCCAGCUCCCGGAGCUCACGCCAUUCCCUUACAUGCACCGCGAAUCUUUCUGCGAUUUCUGCGUGGGCCGCCGCAGCAAGGCUGUCAAGUCGUGCCUCAUGUGCCUGGCUUACUACUGCGAAACCCACGUCAAGCCUCAUUAUGAGUCAUCCACGUUCAAGAGACACAAGCUGGUGGACGAGACGGGCCACCUGGACAGGAAGAUCUGCCCCCAGCAUGAGAAGGGCCUGGAGCUCUUCUGUCGCACCGACCAGAUGUGUAUCUGCGUGCUGUGUACUGUCAGAGAGCACCGCAGCCACAACAUCACCUCAGCAGAAGAAGAGCGCAUAGAGAAACAAAAAGUCCUGGUGGUCACUCAGUCUGAAGUCCAGUACAUCAUUCAGGAGAGGAUGAAGGAGCUGCAGGAGCUCAAGCAUAAUACGGAUGUUCUCAAAAGCUGUGCCCAGCGAGCACAGGCAGAAAGCGACAAGACCUUUCACGAAAUGCUCCAGGCAGUGGAGCGCUGGAAGGCUGAAAUUAACCAGAUGAUAACGGCCAACAUGCAGUCAGCCAUGUCGCAGGCUGAGGGCUACUUGGAUCGUCUGGAGCAGGAGAUUCUGGAGCUGCAGCGCAGAGACGCAGAGCUGCGGCAGAUCCUCGAGACGGAGGACAACAUUCACUUUCUGCAGAAUUUCCCAACCCUAUGCGUUCCCCCUGAGGCCAUGGUGCCCAAAGUGCUCAUCAACCCUCAGUUCUCCUUUGGGGAGAUGAGCAAGUCAGCCACAGAGAUGAAGGAACAUCUGGAUGACAUCUGCAAGAAGGAAUUAAGCAAAAUAUCCAAGACAGUUAGCGAGACUCCUGUGUACAUUCUUUUACCAAGAAAUGGAGAAAAACGACUGAAAGUUCCAGGAAGAGUAGAUUUUCAGGAGCCAAAAGCAAGAUCGGACUUCUUGAGAUAUUUCUGUAAGAUGUCCUUCGAUCCCAAUACAGUCUAUAAAGAGUUGGUUUUGUCCGACGGGAAUCAGAGAGUCACACGGAAGAAAACAGUUCAGUUUCACCAGGAUCACCCAGAGCGCUUUGAUGGCUUCUCCCAGGUGAUGUGCAAGGAGCCUCUGACCGGUUUCAGAUUUUACUGGGAGGCGGAGUGGAGCGGAGAGUUUUCCAUCGGGGUGGCCUACAAGAGCAUCAGUCGCAAAGGGAAGAACUCACACAGCCUGCUUGGCUACAACGACAAGUCCUGGAGUCUCCUGUGCUCGGACUCGGGCUACUCCGCCUGGCACAACAAAACAGACCGAGACCUUCCUGAAGCUCCACGAGCUUCAAGGAUCGGUGUCUACCUAGACUACGCAGGCCACACUCUGGCCUUUUACUCUGUGUCAGAGACCAUGGAGCUGAUCCACCGUUUCAAAGCUCAGUUCAGUGAACCUCUGUAUGCUGGCUUUGGUGUGGGCUCCUCAGUGACUCUCUGCCAACUCAGGCAAAAUCCCACAUCUUAUUAAGAAUUAGAAACUAGAGAAGUCUUAGAAGCCCAUGGUGAGCUCUGUUUGUUGUAAAUAUCUACUGUACAAUUCAGGUUAAAGUUGUUUUCUGCACUGAUUUUCAUUGUUGUGUCAAUACUCUGCAUAGUCUUGAUAGAUAGAUAGAUAGAUAGAUAGAUAGAUAGAUA